AAAACAAAAAGGAAAUCACAAAAAGAAGACAAGUAAAAUAAGAAAAACAAGGAUUAACAUAUGAAGAAGUGGGAUAGAAGAAGGAAGGAGGAGAAGAAGAAGGAGACGACAAAACUGAAUAAAACGAAGAAAAAUUUAUUCUAAAGAAACUAAAGAAACUUACAGUGAGUCGUAGAAAUGAAAGAUACAAGUGGUACAAAAUACGAACAAUUCUUCGACGACGCUACGUUGGAGAUACCACCUGACAAGGAACAAUCCAAAGAACAACAGCAAAACAAUGCGGAUUUAAACGAGGAGGAUAAAAAUAAGGAUAACAAAAUGUGGUUAACGACAGCAGAAGCGGCAAGUCUUGGUGCUGAGGAGGUAGCAGCAAGAUUACACGUUGAUGUGAGAACAGGAUUACAAUGGCAAGAAGCUGAUCAAAGAAGACAAUUAAUUGGUUUUAAUGAAUUCACUGUUAAAGAGGAAGAACCUACGUGGAAGAAAUAUAUUGAACAAUUUAAAAAUCCGUUGAUUCUUUUAUUACUUGCAUCCGCAUUUGUCAGUGUUUGUAUGAAACAAUUUGAUGAUGCUGUCAGUAUUACAGUGGCUAUCAUAAUAGUAGUAACAGUUGCAUUUGUACAAGAAUAUCGUUCUGAAAAAUCUUUGGAAGAACUUAACAAACUAGUACCUCCUACUUGUCACUGUUUACGGGAGGGACAAGUAGAAACAUUUCUUGCUCGUAAUUUAGUUCCUGGUGAUAUAGUUUAUUUAAAUAUUGGUGAUAAAGUACCAGCAGAUAUUAGAAUAUUUGAAGCAAUAGAUUUGGCUAUCGAUGAAAGUAGUUUCACUGGAGAAACAGAACCAGCUCAAAAAUCAACUGCACCCUUGCUUAAGACAAAUGGAUUAACAUCAAAGAAAAAUAUUGCAUUUAUGGGAACAUUAGUGCGAUGUGGAAAUGGCAAAGGUGUGGUAGUAAAUACAGGAGAAAAGAGUGAAUUUGGUGAAGUCUUUACAAUGAUGCAAGCUGAAGAAGCACCAAAAACACCUUUGCAAAGGAGUAUGGAUAUUUUGGGUACACAAUUAUCAUUCUACUCGUUCUGUAUUAUUGGCAUUAUUAUGUUACUUGGCUGGGUCCAAGGAAAAGCCAUUUUAGAAAUGUUUACAAUUAGCGUCAGUUUAGCAGUAGCAGCUAUACCCGAAGGUUUACCUAUCGUUGUUACUGUAACAUUAGCAUUAGGUGUUAUGCGAAUGGCUAAGAGAAAUGCAAUUGUUAAAAAAUUACCAACUGUUGAGACCCUUGGAUGUGUAAAUGUAAUAUGUUCUGAUAAAACUGGUACAAUAACCAAAAAUGAGAUGACAGCUACAAUUCUUGUAACAUCUGAAGGAUACAUUGCUGAUAUUACUGGAGCUGGUUACAAUGAUAAAGGUGAAGUACGAAUAAGAAAAUGUGACAACAGUGAUUUGGCACGUGCUGCGAUUACACACAUGUUAGAAGUAGGAUGUAUAUGUAAUAAUGCUGUAAUACAAAACGACACUUUACUCGGUCAACCAACCGAAGGUGCUUUAUUAGCUUUGUCAAUGAAAUUUGGAAUGUAUGGUUACGCUGACAGAUAUUUACGUUUACAAGAAUAUCCAUUUUCUUCUGAACAAAAGAUGAUGGCUGUUAAAUGUGCACCUAAAUAUGAAGAAAAUAAACAAGAAAUAUAUUUUGUAAAAGGAGCAAUGGAAAAGAUAUUACCACAAUGUACAAAAUAUUAUGCCAAUGGUCAAGAAUAUCCUUUGAAUCAAAAGAAAGAUCAAGAAUUUUUAACGGAGGCUUAUGAUAUUGGUCAACAAGGGCUGAGAGUAAUCGGUCUUGCACGUGGUACUUCAUUACAAGAUUUAGUAUACGUUGGUCUUGUGGGUAUUUGUGAUCCACCAAGGCCACAUGUUCGUGAAUCAAUUGCAACCCUGAUGAACAGUGGUGUCAAAGUUAAAAUGGUUACUGGUGAUGCUAAAGAAACUGCUGUUGCUAUUGCAAGUAUGAUUGGAUUGGAUACGCUUCAUUCACGUUUAAUGUCCGGUGACGAGAUUGAUUCGAUGUCUGAACUGCAAUUAGAACAAUUAAUAGAAAACGUUAGUGUAUUUUAUCGAGUAACACCUAAACAUAAAUUGUGCAUAGUAAAAGCAUUACAACGGGAAGGUAAUAUUGUGGGUAUGACUGGUGAUGGUGUCAAUGAUGGUGUUGCUUUGAAGAAAGCUGACAUUGGUAUAGCUAUGGGAAAAAAUGGCACUGACGUUUGCAAAGAAGCAGCUGACAUGAUAUUGGUCGAUGAUGAUUUUGGAACAAUUAUUGCUGCUAUUGAAGAAGGUAAAGGUAUUUUCCACAACAUUCGUAACUUCGUAAGAUUCCAAUUGAGUACAAGUAUAGCAGCAUUAUCUUUAAUUGCACUUGCAACAUUAAUGGGUGUACCUAAUCCAUUAAAUGCAAUGCAAAUACUUUGGAUUAAUAUUAUUAUGGACGGUCCACCUGCUCAAAGUUUGGGAGUUGAACCUGUCGACAAAGAUGUUUUAAAACAAAAGCCACGAAAUAUCAAAGAACCUAUGAUAACGAAACAUCUUAUAAUAAAUGUAUUAUUAUCUGCAUUUAUUAUAAUUGCUGGUACAACGUGGGUUUACAAAAGAGAGAUGACGUCGGAUGGUCAUACAGCACGAGACACAACCAUGACAUUCACUUGCUUCGUUUUCUUCGAUAUGUUCAACGCAUUAAGUUGCAGGUCGCAGAAAAAAUCCAUUUUUACAAUUGGAUUAUGGAGUAACAAAAUGUUUUUGGUAGCUGUAACAUUAUCAGUAAUAGGACAAAUGUUAGUCAUUUAUUUUCCUCCAUUGCAAAGAGUAUUUCAAACUGAAGCAUUAACAGCAAACGAUAUCUUAUUUUUAGUUGCAUUGACAUCGAGUGUGUUUGUGAUUAGUGAAUUGAAAAAAUUUCUCGAGAGGCUAUUACAAAAGCGACGUACCGGUGGACAAUACUACAGUAAAUCGGAGAUGGACUUUGUAUGACAGUUGCAGUCUGCCGAAGAUAUGGCGGACAAAGAUCACGUGGAGUGAAUUAUAUUAACAUGAAUUAUAUCGACUAAAGUAAUUUCAGUCGUACUACUGAGUAAACAUUAUCUAUUUUUUUUUUUUUUUCGUUUUUUUAAC